UUGAGGUUGAGGCACCUCUUCAUCUCUUUCAUCUCUCUCUCUCUCUUAAAUUUUAGCAAACACACAUUUUCUCUCUCCUCUCUCUCUCCUCGGUUUAGGAAAGACAAACAAAACCAUCCAAUUCUUUCCCAAUUAGUUUGCUCUAUCUCAAACCCAUCCCUAUAUAUAUACACUCUUGAUCUCAAAUCUCAUCUCCCAAUCUCAAACCAAGGCCUGAAAAUGGAGGUGUCUGCGAGGAAAUCUCCAUACAGUCUUAUCUUCCUCAUUACUACUCUUGUAAUCCAGUGUUUUGCCGCCGUCCACUCCAUCGGCGUCAACUAUGGCACCCUCGCCGACAACCUCCCACCGCCGGCCCAGGUGGCUCAAUUCAUCAAGGACAAGACCAACAUAGACGCCGUCAAGCUCUUCGACGCCAACCCCGACAUUAUCAGGGCAUUCGCCAACUCCGGCAUCUCCGUCUCCAUCACCGUCCCCAACGGCGACAUCCCCGGGCUCACCAACAUCGCCGGAGCUCGCCAGUGGAUCGACACCAAGGUUAAACCAUUCUAUCCGGCGACCAAAAUCAACUACAUCUUGGUUGGCAGUGAAGUCCUCCACUGGGGCGACGCUAACAUGAAAAACAGCCUCGUUCCCGCCAUGCAAACCCUGAGCCAAGCUCUCCUGCAAGCCGGAAUGAAGGAUGUUAAGAUCUCAACCCCUCAUUCUCUUGGCAUGCUCGUUCCCACCCCGAUCCCCAGCGCUUCCCGCUUCCUUCCCGACGUCGAGAAAUCCAUUAUGGCACCCAUGCUUGAGUUUUUGCGUAAAACCAAGUCAGGGUUUAUGAUUAAUCCCUACCCGUAUUUCGGUUACAGCCCGGAGAAGGCCAACUACGUCCUCUUCAAGCAAAACUCCGGCGUUCGUGACCCCGGCACGGGGCUAACCUACACCAACAUGUAUGAUCAGUUGUUGGAUUCAGUUCACUCGGCCAUGAAGAGCAUUGGAUAUGGAGAUGUGGAGAUUGUGGUGGGAGAGACCGGGUGGCCGUCGGCGGGUGAGCCCUGGUUGACCCAAAACACCCCUGAGAAUGCCAGGCAGCACAAUCUGAAUAUUUUGCAGAAGGCUAGCUCCGGUCAAGGGACGCCGUUGAUGCCCAAACGGAAUUUUGAGACUUACCUUUUCGCUUUGUUCAACGAGAACCAGAAACCAGGCUCUAUUUCCGAGAGGAAUUUCGGGUUGUUCCGGCCAGAUUUCAGCUCGGUAUACGACAUUGGAGUUAUGGGUACGCGAAAGGCUGCACCGGUUAAUCCAGCACCGGAAACAAAACCACCAGCUGGUAGGACUCCAAGAAACCCUAGGAACCCGAGAAAACCGAGGAACCCGGGGAACCAGAGCCCGAGGAACCCAAGGAACCGUAAACAAGCACCUGGAGCAGCUGGAAAGACAUGGUGUGUGCCGAAACCGGGAACAGAUGCUCAGAGGUUGCAGUGGAACAUAGACUAUGCCUGCGGCAAGGUAGACUGCAAGCCCAUUCAAGCCGGCGGACCAUGCUUCGACCCUGCUAAUGCCUUCUCUCACGCAUCAUAUGCAAUGAACGCACUCUAUCAAUCAACUGGUCAAAAAGAUUGUGGGUUCUCUGGCAGUGGUAUUGUCAUCAACGUUGACCCAAGCAAAGGUGCAUGCAAGUACGUGUAGGAACUGAAAAAGGGCACGAAAUGGCUUCUGGGAAAUGUGAUUGUGAUUAAUUAUGUAUUUACUCCGUAUCAUUCUUUUGUUUGCUGAAUGUCUUCAAUGUAACUUUGAAGGUUUAGUGACUUUUUAACUUGUUUUAUAGAUGAAAUGUUCACUGAAA